AUGUCCGACAUUUCCUUUCCUCCCGUCUAUUCAAGCCAGGUUCCUCCCGUCGAAGCCAUGCUCCCUAGCGCGGGGCCUUCGCCACUACAAUUCGAGGUCCUAGUCGCGGCCGUGCCCAAUCCCGCCAUGCUCGAGAAGGGUCUUGACCCUGAGAUAACCAGCCAGACAAGCUCCAAAACCACGACAUACUUGGACGACGAGCCCAACAAUAACAAUGUCGAAUGGACUUAUCCCGACGGUGGCCUUCGUGCCUGGCUCGUUGUCGCUGGCUGUUUUAUCAUGGCAAUGACUUGCAUGGGUUGGGGCCUUGUGUGGGGCGUCUUCGAAGACUAUUAUCACACUACGCGCUUCCCUGGAACUCCGCUCAGCCAACUCAGUCUCGUCGGUGGAAGCCUGUCAUUUAGCAUGACAUUCUCCUCCUAUCUUUUCGGCGGCAUUGGCGAACGAUACUUGUAUCAGCGAAUGAUAGCGCUCAGUUGUCUCCUUGGCUAUAUUUGUUUGCUUGGGUCGGCAUUUGCGACGGAGAAAUAUCAAAUAUUCCUCCUCCAAGGGUGCUUGCUAGGCCUAUCGUAUGGGAUCUCAAUGCCGCUGUACAUGGCACUUCCUUCCCAGUGGUUCCUCACCAAACGCGGCGUCGCAACAGGAAUCGCCGUUGCCGGUUCAGGAAUUGGUGGUGGUAUCGAAUCGCUUAUCGUUCGCCAAUUACUUUCUAAGCUCGGUUAUCGGAGAACGAUGCUAAUCUACAGCAACAUGUAUGCCCUUCUACAGACCUUGGCGUGGUUCAUGAUGGCCGAGCGUCGAGCGCCGGGCGCUGCAAACAUCAAGAAGCGAUGGCUUCCUCGCACAAUUAACGCGUCAUAUUACAGCGUUGCUUUGAGCGUCUUCGUUGGCAUCUUUGGCUAUUUGAGUCCUUACUAUUUCAUCACUACUUACGUCAAGGCGAAGGUACCUUCGUUGGACCCGAAAUCCCUCAUCGUCGUAGCCCCGCUCGUCGUCAUGAACUUUUCUGGAGGCUUGGGUCGGAUUGUCGCCGGCCGGCUCUCAGAUCGUUUCGGGCCCAUUAACAUGUUUUUCACCUCCUUCUUCCUCGGCGGCCUCUCGCAGAUAUUCAUUUGGACGUUUGCCAACUCAUAUGCCGCGGUUAUGGUAUUCAGUGUCGUCUACGGCUUUGUUGGGUGCUGGUUCCUUGGCUUGUUGCCCGUAGUCUGUGCCCAGCUGUUUGGCAUGAACGAUCUGGCGACUCUCACUGGAUUCUUGGUCCUCGCGAACUCGCCAGGCAAGCUGCAGUCUCUGUUCUAUAUUGAUAGCCACUCAUGGAACCCACACUGCAGGCCAAUUCGCCGGGGCGUCCAUUGGCGGCGCAGUUUUCAGCGGCUCUGGAGGAAACUGGCAAGCUGUCUCUCUCUUCUCAGGUUCUAUAAUGCUGGUGGGGUCCUUUUGUGUGCUUUACGCUCGGUUUUCGCACGACAGGCGCAUCUGGGCGAAGGUUUAGACUACAUACAUACUGCUUAUAUUGAUAGAAUACUCUUUCUAAUCCUAGAUUCUGUUUAUUGGCUCCUGUGA